UUAGUUUAGUCUCGAGAAUUUUGACGAACUCGGGGAUUGAUACAACUUAACAAAUUAGGUAUUUACUCAAUUUUAAAAUAAAAAAAUAAACAAAAAUCCCAAUCUUAUAGAAGUAGGAGCAGAUGACUGGAAGGAGUGUGACAAGGAGAGGGAUUGUUCGUUAGUUUUCUUUCUUGCUGCUGUGCUUCUUUGCGCGGCCCGGUUGCGAUGGCGACGUCAGUUUCAGAGCUCGACGAUGACAUUGUCCGCAGCAUGUCCAUAGGAGCUGUUUUCUCCGACUUCGUUGGGAAGAUAUAUUCUAUUGAUUUCCAUCGUAAGGAUGAUUUACUUGUCACGGCUAGUGAGGAUGACUCAGUGCGACUCUAUGACAUUGCUAAUGCUAAGUUGUUGAAGACCACUUAUCAUAAGAAACACGGUACUGAUCAAAUAUGCUUUACUCAUCACCCGAGUUCUGUUAUAUGCUCUUCAAGGUACAAUUUGGAGUCUACUGGAGAAUCCUUGCGGUAUUUAUCAAUGUAUGAUAACCGCUGCCUACGAUACUUCAAAGGACAUAAACAAAGAGUAGUUUCUCUCUGCAUGUCUCCUAUCAAUGAUAGCUUCAUGUCUGGUUCUCUAGACCAUAAUGUAAGGUUAUGGGAUCUACGGGUUAAUGCCUGCCAGGGAAUCUUACAUGUACGUGGUAGACCUACUGUUGCCUAUGACCAACAAGGCUUGGUCUUUGCCGUAGCAAUGGAAGGGGGAGCUAUUAAGUUGUUCGAUUCACGUUCGUAUGACAAGGGUCCCUUCGACACCUUUCUUGUUGGUGGUGAUACUGCUGAGGUUUGUGAUAUCAAAUUCAGCAAUGAUGGUAAAUCAAUGCUUCUGUCUACUACUAAUAACCAUAUAUAUGUUCUUGAUGCAUAUGGGGGAGACAAGCGCUGUGGGUUUAGUUUGGAACCAUCUCAUGGCACAUCAAUGGAGGCUACAUUUACCCCAGAUGGGAAGUAUGUAUUGGCAGGCUCAGGAGGCGGGACCAUGCAUGCUUGGAGUAUUGACAUGAAAAACGAGGUAGCAUGUUGGAGCAGCCAUAUUGGUGUGCCUUGGUGCUUGAAAUGGGCUCCUCGCCGGGCCAUGUUUGCAGCAGCCUCAACUGUUCUCACGUUUUGGAUACCCAACAACGAAUCAAAGCUGAAAGCCGAGUAUGCUGGGACAGACGCCGAAGCGGGACCACAUCCCCAUCCACUUUUACAUUGAACCAACCAAAUAGCUUUGAAGCUGUGCUACCAUUUCCGUUUCUCAUGGUGCAUCAAGAAAUCAAUUAAUAUACGCUUAGAUUAGCUGUGAGUUUUGCAAAAUUAUGGUGAGGAGAUAACUUUUACCAAAAUUACGAUAGCUCGAUCUAAUUCCAGUAAUCUUACCAUCGAUCCAACUAUGCUCACCAUAAGGCCUUGUGUAGUUAUCAACCUUGUGAAUUUCUCAACAGCUUCCUAGCUAGUUUGUUUAUAUUUUAUGAAAAUUUUGAGGAUGCAAUUAGAUGUUGUCAAUUGUAAAUUCCGUUGUUGAAUAUAGUUUAAAAUUUUGACUGUUAAAUA